AGAGGGUAAGAGAUCUAGAAACUUGGAGAACAUGGUGAACCAACAUUUCUUUCAGCCUCUUCUUCCCGGCUUCCACAGCCACUUGACCAUUCCUGUAGCCUUCUGCUCCAAGCAUGUAGAAGGAAGAAAUGAGCACAUGACUACGGCGAAGCUGAGAUCAGACAUAUCGGACGAUAUAACCUGGAAAGUGAAGAUAGAAGAUGGCCGGAAACUCACUGAUGGUUGGAAAGAGUUCGCUCUCGCGCACGAUCUACGAGUUGGUGACAUUGUCAUUUUCAGACAAGAGAAAGACAUGGCUUUCCACGUUACACUGUUCGGACCCAGUUGCUGUGAGAUUCAGUAUGGAUCUUGUUUGAAAAAGAAGAACAAGCUCAAGCUCAGUAAGAUUCAAAACAAGAAGAAAGUGAAGAAGAAGAAUAAGAAAAAAUAUGUAGAGUCUUCUCUGCUAGAUCCCUCUUGUUUUGUGAAUAAUGUCAGGCCUUCAAGCCUCCGAGAUAACAGACUGACUCUUCCAAAGCGUUUUGUGAGGGAAAAUGGUCUAGAGACAAGAUGUGGAGAGAUUGUUCUGAUGAAUGAAAAGGGUAGAUCAUGGAAUUUAAAUUUGGCACGAAAGGAUUCAUGUGGAACUAUGUCUAUCACAGGAGGAUGGAAAAGCUUCUGUAAUGCCAGUGGACUUCGAGCUGGAAGUUUAUUUACUUUCAAACUGAUCAAAAGAGGAGACACUCUGGUUCUACUCAAGUCCCCCUCUUCCAUAAAGUCUGCAGAAGAAGAUUGCUUAGAAGCUUAUGAGAUAGAGCCGGACAGAGAAGAAGCAAGCAACCAAGAUGAGAAGCCUAGACUGUUAUGGAAAGCCUCUACAUCUUCACCAUCUCAGAAAAAGCCUAGAUCCUUAUGGAAAGCCUCUACAUCUUCACCAAGCCAAAACCUAUUUCUGACAUUAACUCUCAAAACUUCGGACGUCAAAAACUCAAGACUGUUUAUCCCGGUAAACUUCACAAGGCUGCAUGGCAUCAACAAGGAAACUGAAAUGGCUAUGUUGGAUAAAAACGGUGUGAAGUGGUCUACGUCUCUACGGUCUGAGACGAGUGGUGGUGAUAGAAUAAGAUUGGUAGGAGGUUGGAAAGAGUUCUUCAAAGCUAACUGUGUGGAGAUUGGUGAAUCCAUCAUUGUGAAGCUGAUUUGGGAAGGAGACAAAAGUUGUGUCCUUGAGUUCUACUCCAAGGUGAAGCAAGAGACCAAAUGA